CCCACCACAACUCUAGGGACAAAAUUUGAUCACUGCUCCUCAACCUUUAGCCAAACUCAUUAGAUAAACUGUAACAAUAUUUUGGACAUUAUGGCGUCGCCAGUGCGUCGACCAGUGCCAGCUUAUUUACCAAGACAAAAAGGCCAACCGCCGAGGAUAGAGCUCAAUAUUCUACGACUGGACGAGGACGGAAACAGUUUGUACGACGAAGAUUUCGAUCCUUCAGUGUGCCAUUGUUUUCCCAGUACCAGCAGCCUACAUAUUCCAUCCAUGCUGUAUGAUCAUAUAAACUGUCCUCAUCACAAUACUAAACAUAUCCAGCCGGCCCAGGAUCAAGUUUUCGCUUAUCCAUGGACAGCAGUAACAAAUAAACAGCCAGCAACAAAAGGAUAUAGACCUAGAUCGCCAGAUGGCGACUCACUCGCAUCGGGAAAACUUAGCAUAAUUGAAGAAGAACCACAGACACCCUUUGUAAUAAGAACUGCACCCCCGUUUGCAAAUACGUCACAGGCAAAUGAAAGUAAAGGAGGACCACCGUUUACUGCCCCCGCCCUCUCCAGAUGGGAAAGUCACGGCGGAAGGGUCGUUACGCGGGCCCAAAGUGUACCCUCUCUAACAGGUUACCAACAGCCAAGGACACCCAGGAAUUAUCAUAAUCCUAACCCCCAGAUCAGUACACCUUACGUUACCACCAUCAAGAGACGACCUGUGUCAAUUCAGGACAGAGACUUUGAUGGUCGCUACCUAGAUCCAAAGGAUGGUCAGAUAUAUAAAUUUAAAGUUAAGUAUGGCAAAAAAGAAAUCGAAGCUAACCGUCUACAAGACAGCACUAUAAGAGAAGAACCGGAAGAAUACAACUAAAAUCCAGAUCAAGCAAGAUGACUAUUAAUUUAUCUGAAUACUCGAUGAAUGUUGAGGACCUUCUGUCUUUCCAAUGAAUUUGUAUGUGAAAUAUUUAAAUGUUUAUUUAUUGCUGUGUUUAUUUUGUGAUGUUUGUUCAUAUAAUAAAUCACCUUGGUUAGU